GAGAGGGAAGCGGUGCAUCGCAGGGGCUGCUCUGCUCCAGCGAGCCCUCGCGCUGCCUGCCGCCCGCCGAGGCUUGGGCAGGGCGUAGGCAGCCGCGGGAGGCAUGGAGAGCCUACUGGAGAAUCCGGUGCGUGCUGUACUCUACCUCAAGGAGCUCACAGCCAUCGUGCAGAACCAGCAGAGCCUCAUCCACACCCAGCGUCAGCGUAUCGACGAGCUGGAGCGGCGGCUGGACGAGCUAAGUGCGGAAAACCGCAGCCUGUGGGAGCACCAGCAGCUGCUGCAAGCCCAGCCUCCUCCUGGGCUCGUACCCUCGUCGCCAUCCCUGCUGCCAGCUAUCCCGGCCACCGCCGCCACCACCGCCUUGGUGGCCCAGGAACAGCCCCAGGACCACGGACAGCUCCUGUCCUCUUCCCCACAGACCACGCCUGGGCAGCACCACGGACAGUUCCAGGCUCAGCCUGCUCCGGGCCCUAGCAAUAGGGCGCACGCACCCCAGUCGCCCCACCAGCACCCGGUGGUGCCAGGGGCCGUCGCCAACAAGGAGAAGGAGAGUUCCCUGAGUUGUUGCGCUGCUGCUGGAACCGUCCUUCAGCACAAAUCCCCUGCUGCCCUCAGCAAGGGCUUACUGAGCAGGAGAACUGAGAAUGAGAUCGUGCUGCACCAGUUCUGCUGCCCAGCUGCUGAUGCCGAGCAGAAGCCCUCCUGUGCUGACCUGGCCUCCCACAGUGACGGCUCCUGCGCCCAGGCCAGUGGGGGCAUGGAGGACUCCGUGGUGGCAGCGGCAGCGGUGGCAGCCAGCAGACCCAGUGCCCAUGCCCUGAAGGCUCAAGCCCGGGAGCUGCAGGAGGAGGAGGAGCGGCCAGGGACAGGGGGUGCCUCCCCCAGCGCUGGCCCCCACCUCGAGGCCUCACCUGGCCAGCAGCAGCCUGCCCUGGUGACAGCGCUGUGCUCCCACGCCCCUGCUGCCUCUGAUUACGAACUCUCCCUUGACCUAAAGAAUAAACAGAUUGAAAUGCUAGAACACAAGUACGGGGGCCACCUGGUAUCCCGGCGCGCUGCUUGCACCAUCCAAACCGCCUUCCGCCAAUACCAGCUCAGCAAGAACUUCGAGAAGAUCCGCAACUCGCUCCUGGAGAGCCGCCUGCCACGUCGUAUCUCCCUGCGCAAGGUUCGAGCGCCUACCGCGGAGAGCCUGGCAGCCGAGAAGUCACUCAUGGAGGGCUACAGUCUCCUGGGGCUGCCGCUGGUGCGCUCGCCCUCCCUGCCGCCCACCUUCGUGGGCACGCUCACUGAGCUGGAGGACUCCUUCACCGAGCAGGUGCAGUCCCUGGCCAAGUCCAUCGAUGAUGCCCUCAGCACCUGGAGCCUCAAAACCAUGUGUUCCCUGCAGGAGAGUGGCUCUUACCAGAUACACCAGGCCUUGCACGCAAGCACUGGGCCACCUGGCCUGGAGGCGGAAGUGCAGGAGCCGGACAGUGCUGGCCCAGGUCUCAGGGAAGAGGCAGCUGGCCUGUCCCAGGGCCACAGCAGCACCCUGAUGAUGGCUUUCCGGGAUGUCACCGUGCAGAUCGCCAACCAGAAUAUCUCUGUCUCCUCCUCUACUGCUCUGUCAGUGGCCAACUGUCUGGGCGCCCAGACUUCGCAGGCCCCAAUAGAGUCCGUAGCCAGCCAAGCUGAGCUGGACCAGGCUGGUGGGCAGGAGACUUCAGUGGCCCCAGCUGCAGGCCAGGAAGAUGCACCAGCUGAGAUCAUGUGCACAGGGGAGGGAGCCGAUGAGGCCCUGCGCACCAUCUCACCUGGGGCCAAGGAUGUGGUGUUGGGGGAGACCGGGGCAGUGCAGGCAGAGAAGGAAGAAAAGGAGGAGGAGACAGGAAAGGAGGGAAAAGGGGCUGAGGCUGAGACUGAGGCCAGAGACAACUUGGAGAAGCUGAGCAGCAGCAGCACAUCCACCAAGUCCGCCAAGUCGGGCUCAGAAGUCUCGGCCUUGGCCUCCAAGGAGGCCCUGCAGGCCAUGAUCCUGAGCCUGCCGCGCUACCACUGCGAGAACCCCGCCAGCUGCAAGUCGCCCACACUCUCCACAGACACCCUGCGCAAACGCCUCUACCGCAUUGGCCUCAACCUCUUCAACAUAAACCCCGACAAAGGCAUCCAGUUCCUGAUCUCUCGUGGCUUCAUCCCUGACACCCCCAUCGGAGUGGCCCAUUUCCUGCUUCAGCGUAAAGGCCUCAGCCGGCAAAUGAUUGGAGAGUUCCUGGGCAACAGCAAGAAGCAGUUCAACCACGAUGUGCUGGACUGCGUGGUAGAUGAGAUGGACUUCUCCAGCACGGAGCUGGAUGAGGCCCUGCGCAAGUUCCAGGCUCACAUCCGUGUGCAGGGGGAAGCCCAGAAAGUGGAGCGGCUCAUAGAGGCCUUCAGCCAGCGCUACUGCAUGUGCAACCCCGAGGUGGUGCAGCAAUUCCACAACCCUGACACCAUCUUCAUCCUGGCCUUCGCCAUCAUCCUCCUCAACACUGACAUGUACAGCCCUAAUAUUAAGCCUGACAGGAAGAUGAUGCUAGAGGACUUCAUCCGAAACCUUCGAGGUGUGGAUGAUGGCGCUGACAUCCCCAGGGAGCUGGUGGUUGGCAUCUACGAAAGGAUACAGCAGAAGGAGCUCAAGUCCAAUGAGGACCAUGUCACAUAUGUCACCAAGGUGGAGAAGUCCAUCGUGGGCAUGAAGACAGUGCUGUCAGUGCCCCAUCGCCGCCUGGUCUGCUGCAGCCGGCUCUUUGAGGUGACAGAUGUGAACAAGCUGCAGAAGCAGGCUGCACAUCAGAGGGAGGUGUUCCUCUUCAAUGACUUGCUGGUGAUUCUCAAACUUUGCCCAAAGAAGAAGAGCUCCUCUACGUAUACUUUCUGCAAGUCAGUUGGCCUGCUGGGCAUGCAGUUCCACCUCUUUGAGAAUGAAUAUUACUCUCAUGGCAUCACCCUGGUGACCCCGCUCUUGGGUUCUGAGAAGAGGCAGGUGCUGCAUUUCUGUGCCCUGGGCUCGGACGAGAUGCAGAAGUUUGUGGAGGACCUGAAGGAGUCCAUUGCAGAGGUGACAGAGCUGGAGCAGAUCCGGAUAGAAUGGGAGCUGGAGAAGCAGCAGGGAGCAAAGACACUCUCCUUCAAGUCUGGAGGAGCCCUGGUGGACCCACAGUUGAAGCAGGGAUCGCCUACAGCCAAAAGGGAAGCUGCACUGGGUGAGAGGCCUUCGGAGAGCGCAGUGGAGGUGUCAAUUCACAACAGGCUUCAAACGUCCCAGCACAACUCCAGCCUGGGGGCCGAGAGAGGAGUUCCGGUGCCACUGCCAGACCUGCAGCCUAGCCCCCUGAGAGAGCAGCCCCCGCCGGCGCCGUUGCCACUGCUGCCACCCACGCCCCCAGGAACCCUGCUGCAGUGUCAGCAAAUUGUCAAGGUCAUUGUCCUGGACAAGCCCUGUUUGGCCCGCAUGGAGCCCCUGCUAAGCCAGGCUCUCUCCUGCUACACCUCUCCCUCUUCUGACUCCUGCGGCUCUACACCCCUGGGCUGCCUGGGCUCCCCAGUCAAGGUCAUCCACCAGCCCCCGCUGCCCCCACCCCCACCCCCCUACAACCACCCUCACCAGUACUGCCCACCAGGCUCCCUGCUGCACCCACGCCGCUACUCCAGUGGCUCCAGGAGCCUGGUGUAGACUGUCCCCAACACUGCUAUCCUAGGAGGGCUCCUGCCAGGAGCCCCUGCCACCCCAUUGCUGCACCCCAACCCUGGCACUCUGCAUUCCUGGACACCAUCCUUAUUGUUUUGGAAAGAGGACCCCAGUCCCUAGCACCUGAAGUUGCCUCACCCGAUCAGGCUUCCCUUACUCAGUUGAGCACGCUCUUCUUAAAUCUGGAGACACCACCAUACUCUCCUGGGCCCUGCACAGCCAGACACAGCCAGGCCUCUGCAUCCUCCUGCCACCACUUGCCACAUGGACCUUGGACCAGAGAGAAUAGGAACUGGGGGCCUACCCAACUUCUGGACCCUGCGUCUGUUGGGCACUGGGCCUCAGGCUGGGAGGGAGGUACAGGGGCUGGAGGCCAGUACCCAAGCACC